GGUGUGCGUACGUUCUAUUUAAUUUUAGUUUUGUUCUCUACACAUCUACCAGAAUUAUACCAGCCAAUUUGGGGAAAAUGGAUUCAAAUUUAAUUAAGAUCUUCAAAUACAUUGACAAAUAUCAGGAGCAUAUGCUGGAUGAUCUUCGGAAAAUAAUUUCAUUCAAAUCAAUAUCCGGUUCAUACGAACACCAAAAUGAAAUGCAAGAAAUGAUUCGAUGGACAGAGGCUCGUCUCAAGUCACUAAAACCUAGCUACUGUGAACGGUUUGAUAUCGGAAGUCAUACAUUCAAUGGUAGAACAUUCAAGUUGCCAUACGUAAUUUUCGCUACUUUCGGCAAUGAUCCGAAAAAAACGACCGUUCUGAUCCAUUGUGGAGUGGAUGUGAAAGACAGUGAUCUCAGUGGUUGGACGACAGAUCCAUGGUCUCUUGUUAAAAGUAAUCGAGACCUGGUGGGUCGUGGCGUGUACAAAGGGAAAACUCAAUUUAUCAGUUGGUUGCACAUUUUGGAGGCGUUUCGGACGCAAGACCUUGUACUACCAGUCAAUUUCAAAUUUCUAAUAGAAGGCAUGUCCCAAAUGAAUUCAAUCGGUUUGGAGGACUUGUUGUGGACGGAGCGGACUCGUUUCUUUAGAGACAUCGAUUUUAUUUGCGUUAACGAUAUGGAAUGGUUGAAUAGCACAAAUCCCUGCAUUGGAUUCGGUUGUUGUGGCAUUAGUCAGUUUGAGCUUAUUUGUACGGAGACUAGGAAGGAUAUUAAUCCCUUUGUCGUGAUCGAUUCAAUUAUCAAGUCAAUUUCGGAUGACAAGGGCAACAUUUCGAUUCCGAAAUUCGAUGACGAUGUUUUGAGAAUCACUCCAGAAAUAGAGCAGGUCAUUGACUCGGUUGAAUUGGAUUUAAAUUUAAUCAAAGCGAAAAUACCGCAGUACAUGCACGGUUGGAAUAAACAAAAAAUUCUCUUGCACCUCUGGCAAUUUCCGUCGUUGAAAGUUGACGACGAUUUCACCGACGUUAGCUGUACUUGUGGCAAAUCAGGAGAUUCACCGAAUGGAAUUAGCAAGAAAUUGACCUUUAAAAUUGUCCACGGGCAAACACACGAACGUUGCACUUCGGAUUUUUUUGAUUUCAUACCGGUCGUUGUUCAGAGUAUGUUUGCGGACCGACGCUUCGCAGUUGACUGUAAAGUAACUUCGAAGUCUCUAAAAUGCUCGAUAACCGAUAAAAAGUCGCCUGUCGCAACAAUCAUCAUCAAAAGCCUAGUGCAAAAUCAAACCUGGCAAGAAGAUACGGACAGUGCACACUUCUUAGCAGCCAAACGGGCAACAAAGAACGUUUUCAAAUAUCCAAUGAACUUAAUCAAACAUUCGUCAAACAUUCCAAUCAUUUCGAAACUUUCACAGAUUGUUCGGAAAAGCAUUGUUGUUAUGCCGUUGGGCGAUAAUCGAAUGGAUGAAAAGUAUUCCAAUGAACGCAUACCCGAAACAUUGUUUUUUGAAGGCAAGAAAUUGAUGGCCUCGUACAUUAUUGAAAUAUCGAAAAUCAAACAAUAAAUUGGGUAAUCCAUCCGCUAUUAACUUUCCACUGCUAUCAGAGUGGAUGAUGUAUAUUUUACCAACAAAUC